AUGGCCCGAGGUUGCUUUCCAACUCCAGACAUCUGCCCAUUCACCCCCCCCCCCCUCCCCUUCCCCUUGACUCACAAACGUUGUCAGAUGAAGCCGUGGCGGAUAGAGAAUCGCUUCACCCCAGUGGAGGUGCAACGCGCCUUUGCAGCCCUACACCAGAAUGUAGCGAUUCUUCAUGGCUUGUCCGGCACAAGCAGCCACCCACUCCACCCCUUCGUUCAUCGACGUGGUGGCGCAGGCGGGCACCAACGCGAUCACAUCGAGCUGCCGCUGCACCACAUGUACGAGGCCAACGCUGUGUACCAGCAGUUGCCUGUGGAUGUGCGGCUGGUAUGCGCCGGCCUGCACGAAGCCGCUCUCGCCUACGCGCAGGAAGCGCUGCGGGAGCCGAGCGUCUCCUGCGCCGCCCGAGACGAGAUCCUCAACAACUUGGACCGCAAGUCUGUACUGCGGGUGCUACGGUACCCGGCAGGCUCUGGAUGUCGACCUCACGUCGAUCCUGGCUUGUGUACCGCCCUGCUCGUGGGGUCGGCAGGUGGGCUGGAGGUGAGCACAACCGAUGCGGUGCCGGCGCCCUUCGCGAGUCGGCCGGGGGACUAUACGAGCCAUGUGGCUUCCUCGCCAACGCUCAUGCACGCUGAACAUUCGAAUGUGCCGGACACGCUUCCGCAUUGGGAGCCAGUCCUGACCGCGCAUAGCGGAGAGGUUAUAGUCAUGGCAGGAAAUAUGCUCAGGGUGGUGUCGGGAGGUGCUCUGCUCGGUGUGCUGCAUCGCGUGCGGCAGGACUGGGUCCCUGACACACCGCGGACAGGUGGGCAGUGCAGUCCAUCUCUCAGCACCGCGUGUAUCGCAAGUAGAGCGACUGCAGAAACGAACCCGGUCAGCGCGACCUUCCGCUUCAACAUCGUUGUCGAGCUGCGACCGGCAGAGGCAAAGCGCUGGUACGCUGCCAUGUCGAGGUGGUCGCCGUUGUCCCCCGUUUCCUCUCCGCCGUCAAUGACAUGA